AUGUCUGCUGAGUACGAUAGGCACGAUCACUACGAUUCGUACGACUCAAGAAAGAGAUCCCGCUCGCGCUCCAUCUCCCCCGACAGAUUCGCCCACAAGAGGCCUCACCUCGCUCGCGAAGAAAGGGAGAAGGAGGAUAAAGAUGAGAUGCCUUAUUUAGUGCUACGCUGUCUGGUUGAUACACGCGACGCUGCCGUCCUUAUAGGCAGACAGGGUCUAAACAUUGCACGAAUCCGCCAAACCGCAGGCACAAAGCUCAAUAUCUCAAACUCACUUCCUUCGAAUCCAGAGCGUGUAGUCACAGUUUCUGGAAAGCUGGACGCCGUGUCCAAAGCAUUUGGUCUUGUAGUGCGUACACUCAACGACGAGGAUUUCGACGAACCUUCUCUUCCUGGGAGCAAAGCAGUAACGCUGCGAUUCACUAUCCCCAAUAUGAAGAUGGGUUUUAUUAUCGGUCGCUCCGGUGCUCGUAUCAAGGAAAUCCAAGAAGCUUCCGGUGCCAAGUUGAGCACGUCUGACUAUCUGCUACCUAAUUCAACAGAACGGUUGUUGUCAAUUGAUGGCGUGGCUGAUGCUAUCCACAUUGCUGUUUACCACGUCGGUGGUAUUUUGGCUGACAAUACAGCUGUGCCCUCUAGAGAAAGGAGUCGCAGGAGACCUUCGACUGGCAGCCCGUAUGGCGGUCCAUCGACUUCAACUUCUUAUUCAAACUACCCUGGCUACCCAGCAAGCUACGGUGCGUCGCCGUACGCUAACCCUGUGCCACCAGUCGGCGGAGGUGGCUAUCCAGCUCCCCCACCAGCUGUAGAUACAACGUCGCAGAGAAUAUACGUGCCCAACAAUCUAGUAGGAGGACUAAUUGGCAGAGGAGGAUCCAAGAUCAAUGAGAUUAGAUACAUAUCUCAAUGUUCGGUCAAGAUUCUCGAACCAGGUGAAGGAGGCGAGCAGGCGAAUGGACCAACGGUUGAACGACUGGUGGUUAUAACAGGCGCGCCUAACGGUAUACAGACAGCUAUCCAUCUGCUAUCAGAGCGCAUCGAGAAGGAGAAGGAGAAAGAUAUCUCCUAUCGACCACGCCCACGCAGUCCAGUCGGUGACAGGUAUAGUAGAGGACCUAGUCCACCGAUCUGA